AUGGCGGGGCGUGCUGUGCUGCUGAGCGACAUCCAGAGCGUGUUGAGUCUAGCUAGACGUCGCCACGGCUACCUUUUGACCUGGACGAACGGUCAGCACUCGAAGAAGGAGAGCCCCGUGGCAGUCUUCCAGAGCUUCUCACUGCUUCGUGGACGUCUGCUGAAAUGCGAGAAUAUGGAGGAGCUUUCGCCCGUGACCGUCGUCAAGCCCUUUCUGGACGUGAUCCGCCACGAACACGCCGGCAGUACAGUCACGGGAGCGGCACUGCAGGCUGUGAUGAAUUUCCUCCACUCGUGGCCCUGGACGGAUGUGAAGGACCAAAACGCAGCAGCAGACGCUGUUUCAGACAUUGUGGACGCUGUGAGCCACUGCAGAUUCCAAGAGACAGGAAUCGAGAGCGACCAGAACGUCCUAGUACUGGUCGUCCACGUGCUUCACGCUGUAGUGCGCUCUUCCUGCGGUACCAGACUCUCGGAUCACUCCAUGUGGCAGCUGGUAGAGUCGCUGUAUGCGCUCAGUCGUGGCAAUCGACACGAUCCACAUAUUACGCUGCCACUGCGAUCGACAGCCACGAACUUCCUACAUGACACUGUGGCCUUCAUCUUCUCCAACCCUGCUAUCUAUUCGGACGUGGCUCCUGCUACCGACUCUGCGUCGGAGCCACUAAGACCGGGUUUUGGACUGCCGUGUGCUGUGAAGAUCGCGGGCUUCUUCUGUCAGAAACUACAUCAGAAGAACUACGUGCCACCUCCAGCUCCAGACGCACCUGCCACACCGAGUGGGAACACGACGAGUCGGCGCGAAGUCUUGCUGUCCUUUUCGUUACUUCAACGUGCGCUGAUGGCAUGUGACGCUGAGCUUAUUACGGGUGUGCCAGCGCUGAUGCUCUUCAUCAAGGACGAUCUGUGCAGCGCCAUCUUGCGCUACUGCCGCCUCGGCGCCUGUGCCGAGCUCAAGAUUCCAGUCGUGUGUCUCGAAUUGAUUCGGCUGCUGUGGUCAAAGCUGCGCUCGGAGCUCAAAAUGCAGGUGGAAGCGCUGUUUAAUGGCGUGUUCUACCACACGCUGCACUGGUGUCUGGCAAACAUGGAUGUAAGCAGCCCAGACUUCCCGCAUGGGAAUGACACCGCCCCACCGACUGCAGAUGCAAACGGCCAGACGGACAGCAAAGCUGCGACGAUGGUGGACGCCGCUCUGGACGAGUUCUCAGGGGAAAUGCUGUCCAAGAACCGGCUGUUCGGCAUUUCGUUUGAGAUCCUCGACUGCUUGGUGGACCUGCUGGCGGAGGCGACGUUGCUGCCAGAUCUGUAUGUGAACUACGACUGCGACGGCAACCGCUGCGACUUGACGCAGACGCUGUUUGAGCUGCUUUCGCAGACUGCGCAACAGUCCCACGUCGCUUGCUUUGAAUCGCACGAAGAAACGCAUUUCUUGUGGGCUCAGGCCGUCGGGGAGAUUGCGCUUCGUGGGAUGUUUAAUGCGCUGUACGUCGUGCAUCUUCGCACCCAUCCGGAAACACCUGCCGUCAGUGGAGAUGGCAGCAGUGGCCCCAGUGACGAAGAAAUGAACGAGGACACGCUUCUAGUGGACCAGGAGACGCCAUCUCCAACCGAAGACGCCGAAGAGUUCGCUUCGGCUGAAGUUUUGUUCAAGAAGCGACAACGCAAGAAGUUUUUCCAGCACGGUAUCCAGGAGUUCAACCGGAAGCCUCUGGCUGGCAUCAAGUACUUGCAGCAGAACACGUUCCUGCCGACCCCACUUGACAGCAUUUCACUGGCGACGUUCCUGCGGUCGCUUCCUCAAGGUCUGAACAAGAAUGCAGUCGGUGUAUACCUGGGCGCCAUGGGCAAGGAAGUCAAGGGCUUCGAGAAGACGGACAUCCACGAAGCCGAUUCGAUGGAUUUCCAUCGCGACGUCCUCACCAACUUCGUGCGGUCGUUUAACUUUGAAGGCGAGAGUAUCGUCGCUGCUCUGCGUAUGUUCCUCGCAAGUUUCCGUCUCCCGGGGGAGGCGCAGCAGAUUGACCGCAUCUUGAACACGUUCUCGCUCCAAGUGUACGAACAGUGUCGCGAGCGGUUCCUCAUGGCGUCUGUGGACGUGGCGUAUCUGCUGUCGUUCAGCCUCAUCAUGCUGAACACGGACCUCCACAACCCGAAUAUCCGACCGGACAAGAAGAUGAAGCUGGCAGACUUUAUCAGGAACAACAAGAACUACGGUCUGGAGGUCUCCAAGGGCCUUGAUCUGCCCGAGGAUUUCUUGACGGAGCUGUACAACACCAUCUCGAAGGACGAGGUCAAGACGUUUGAAGACGGAGGCAAGCACGGGGAAGUGACGAGCGAUCGAUGGAAGGAUCUACUCAACCAGGCCGAAAGCGACCCGCGCAACUCGCGCUUGAUUGUGCACCAGCCUUCACUGCAUCCCCGGUCCUCCAGCACACCUCGAGGGAUUGGCGUCCAAGGCGCCAGUUUCGCGCCGCUGGCACCUGAUGCGAUGCGGAAGAUGAAGCAGGCUCGACUUACUAAGAGCGCCUCCAGCCCUGCAGCCAAGAGCGGAACGUGGAUGCAGCAAGAGGGUUUGUAUGGACUUGUCUCUCUCUAUCCCUCGUCAGGCAACCAAUACGACCGCCACAUCUUCGAGUUGGUCCAGCAGAACCUCGUUCGAGCGUUCAGCAGUGUGUUCCAGCAGUUUGUCGUGGAUUCCCAGGCCAAGGAUGCAGCUCGAGGAGACGAUCUCUCGGUUGGGAGCAGCUAUGACAUGCACUAUGUCCCUCAGAAGAGUGCCCUGCAGCUGGCCUGCAACGGCUUCGUGUUGUGUGCAGCGGUGGCGUCUCAUUUGUCGCUGGUGGAGCACUGCAACGCGCUGUUUAUCCGGCUUUGCAAGUACACGGCGCUGAUCUCGUCGGACAUUUAUCCGGUGGGCUACAACGGCCGCGAGAACGGGAUCUGGGCGUAUUGCGACAACCAAAGUGCCCCCGUUGCGACUGCCGCCGUGCUUAAGCUUGUCAGCACGUGCAGCUUGUCACUGCACAGCCGCUCAUGGAAGUUUUUUUUCCAUAUCGUUAGCGGAUUGCGCGAGUUCCACGCCCUGCCAUCUCGGAUUCUGUAUCCUAGUGAUGAGAUGAAGCUGGAGCUGAUGACACCUGACGAGCGUCUUGAGUUUAUCGACCUGGUGUACCAGAACAAGGAAGAAUUGGUGCGGAAGAUUGCGCUCAGUGCUCAAGAGCAGGAUGGCGGCAAUGGCGAUUCCGGUGGCUUUUUCAGUGGCGUCGCGUGGCUGCUGUCUGCUCUUGACUCGAAUCUAGGAGGGUCCGCGCCUGGAUCCACUGCCCCGUCCAAGUCUCAGCUAUCUCCGGGAUUCGAGCGGUAUCAACCGAGUCCAGCUGAGCUCGCUUUGCACACUGAAGACCUCGUGAUCGAAGGGAAAACUCCAAAGAAGCAGCCUUCUGAAGGCGAGCAGGACCCGAGAGACGAGUUUGGCACGGACCAGUGGAUCCGAACCACUUUGCAGCCGUACCGACUCGAGUUUCUGAUGCAAGACGUGGCCAGUUUGCCAUCGCGGGCGUUGGCUGAAGCGAUCGAAGCGCUGCACGACGAGAUUUUGCUGGUGCUGCGAGGUCCUGACGAUAGCGAGGCACAAAAAGACCGGAAAAGGGCCACCAAGUUGUCGCUCAGUCAAGGAGGCUGUGUGUUGUUUGAGCACCUGUUGAGUCAAGUGAUCGCACUGAGCGGAUCGCUGUUUGAUGGCGGUGCAGACGAUGACGACGGCAUCUCGGCUGUGCUGGAAGCGCACUACACGCAGAUCCUGGAGUUUCUGCGUCCUGUGCUACUCACCAAUCACAGUCUUAGUGGACUGACGUACGAGAACGCGUGUUUCUUGCUGCACAAGUCCAUCAACGGGUUGUUUGCGUGGGUCACGCGUACACGCAGUGACGCGAAUGGGAUUUUGUUGGUGACGUUCUUGAGCACGAUGAUGGAGAUGAGUGGCGACGACGAGCUGAUGGGACCUUUCCUGACGCCGAUAAUGUGUGGAUUGGAUCGAUAUGUGGCGCUGGUGCAGCCCAUCAACCUGCACUACUCUCGCAUGGACUGGCUGACGAUCUGUAACUUGAUUAGCUGGUCAGUUGGACGGUCCCACGCUGCGUCGCACGGCUUCGGACUGCUGGAGCGGCUUGUGACGGAGAAAAUAUGGAAUGGCGACGGGAACGAGAUUCUCAUCAGCGACUGCUUUACGAAGAUGAUCAUGUUCGCGAUGAAGACUCGCGACCCCCACGAUUCGUGGGCUCCGUCGAGGCCUGUUGACCUGCUUCUGUUCAUGUUCGACACACUGCGUCCUGACGCGCCCAACUACGUUGAAGAACGCUUGCGCUUCUUGGGCGGGAUGGCUGUUGUGUCGAGACACUUGCUGUUGCAUCAGAUCAAGCAGGAGCUUCCCAAUGAGCUGGUUGUGACGGCAAUUGAAGGACUGAAACACAUGCUAAGUGAGCACGCGGGAACGGACCAAUCUUUCAAGCCCAUGGCCUGGCUGGAUGUGCUUCGAUACGGAUUGGUUCCUGUUGGUUUCGACCUGCUCAACGAUGCUGGGCCCAAGCAUUCCGGUGGAGGGAUGCACUUCGGAGACAACGAGGAGGAAACGAACUCACCUUUCCUGUACUACCGACGACAGCUGCCGUCCACGAACGACGACGGCGUGUUGAAGCACCCAGCUAGCGACACUAAGAAGCCAAUUGGACGUCGUCGCCGACCGUCAACGAUGAAAGACCCGCUAGCUCUACGCCCGCACGUGGUUGUGGUCCAGUUGCUGUCACUUGUGGUGUGUGAAGAGCUGACGAAGCUGCAGACUUGUGCGAAGUUCCAGUCCGUGUGGGAAGAUGUGGCCGAGUUACUGGUGGGGUUACUGGAGUACACAGCUAUGGAGAACCCUCCUCCGGCGGGGGAAGCUGCGAGCGGAGAGGUUCUGAUUGCAGCGCUGGAGCGUCGAAGUGUGCUCUCGGCCCACGAAGAGAUUCUCGAACAUAGUAAGGGGAUUCCUAACGUGUUGAUGCAGGUGCUGGAAGAGAAGUGUCGCUCGAACCCGGAUUUGCUGGCUCAGCUCUUCUCUUCGAAGGACGAAACUGGAUCGACUGGAGGAUGCACUCCCCCUGUUGAAGAGGUCGAUGGAGAGUCAGUGGACGAGGCAAACGACGACGCGAGAUAA